GCAAAAACUGUUACGUGACACGUGCGGGUGUUCUCUUGAUAAACGAGCAGAAAAAAUUGUCCAAUUUCUCUCCUACUUUGAAAUUUCAAUUCCUAAUUUCCCACCGGUCCCCCAAUUAAUCAAUUCUUCACUUACUGUCUUCCUCCUCCUUUCUUCCCCAAUAAACUUGGUUACAUCCGCCCCCUCAAAUCCCUAGCUCACACCACCAUGUCGCCGGACGGUGAUGGAGCCAUCAAUGGCUGCUGCCCUUGCUCCUUUUCCUCCGGCGAGAAUGGUAUCCCCGGAUCCCACGACGACACUUGUAAGCACUGCACAAGAUCCAAAUCUUUGUCAUCUUCUCCCUCUGCUCUUGGCUCUGAUUCUGUUCUCUUAGUGGACUCGAAUAAGUUGCGGAGAAUUUUCGUUGCUUCCGCUAAAGGCUUCUCAAUUGGAGCCGGUCUUAAAGGUGGCUUAGCUCUCUUCUCAAUUAUUGCACGCUUGCUGCGCAAAAAAUCACGGAAAGUUGAGGCGUUUACUAAUAAAGAAGCUAUUUCUUUGGCUAUUAAGGAGACACUUAGAUACGGUCUCUUCCUUGGAACUUUUGCUGGUACAUUUGUUUCGGUAGAUGAAAUUAUUGGUGAACUUGGAGGACAUAACAGGACUGCGAAAUGGAGGGCAUUAGUAGCAGGACUGGUUGCAGGGCCUUCCAUGCUUCUUACUGGGCAUAACACGCAGCAUAAAAGUUUAGCCAUAUACAUACUCAUGCGAGCUGCUGUGUUGGCAUCACGCUGUGGAAUCAAGAGUAAACGGUUUGGGAAGCUGUGUAAACCCCUUACUUGGAAACAUGGUGACAUAUUCCUUAUGUGUCUCUCCUCUUCGCAAAUUUUGUCAUCUUACAUUUUGAAGCAAGACAGUUUGCCCCCAUCAUAUAGGUCCUUUCUCAAUAAACAUGGUGGAAAGGAUCUUGUCAUCUUGCAAGGUGUAAAAGAGAUUGCCUGUGGUCUUCCAUUCACUAAUUUGGAAGCAAUAGAGAAACUUUACAAGGCAUCAGGAGUAGAUGUUAAAUUAGAUCCAAACAUGAAAAUCCCUUGCUCGAUGAUACAUGGGAAUCAAUCAUGCAGUGCACAUGUUAUUUCUUUUUUCACUGAAGGAUAUAAAAGGGCAUUACCAGUAUAUCUUCCAGUUUAUUUAAUUCCUGCGUUAAUAGUUCAUCGUCAAGACCUCUUAAAAAGGCCUUCCACAAUAUUAAGAAAGGGUAUUGUUGGUACUGCCAGAUCAAGCUUAUUUUUGUCUGCUUAUUGCACAUCUGCUUGGUUGUGGACUUGCCUGCUGUUUAGGCUUUUCAGAAGAUGUAACAUACCGAUGGUAGCAAUGGGAACGUUUCCGACAGGUCUGGCCUUGGCCAUUGAGAAGAAAAGUAGACGGAUUGAGAUAUCACUCUACUGCCUUGCACGAGCCAUAGAGAGCUUCUUUACAUGCAUGGCCGAUAUUGGGUACUUGCCACAAUCGACGAAUCUAAAGAGAGCUGAUGUGGUAAUUUUUAGUUUGUCAACAGCAAUCAUAAUGCACUGCUACGCACAGGAGAGGGAAGUGUUUCGCUCCAAGUAUUUAAACGUUCUUGAUUGGGUAUUUGGUGUGCCUCCUCCUCCGUGUGAAACCCCUCGUUGCAAAGACAUUUCCACAGUUUGAUUUGCAGGCUUUGGUGUUUAAGAUAGGUUUAUAGCUGAGUAUUGUCUUCUGAAAGGUCAACAGCAUUUUUUUACACCAUAGGACAGGCAGCACGCAGGUUAGUAAAUUAUUCCCCUGCUGAGGUUUUUAAAUUUCUGUUGAUUUUUUAUAGAAACAAAAGAGUAUAAACAGGAUUUUGAUUAAUAGAUUCCGUGGAGUUUAUAUUCUUUUCA